AUGAUUGGACAUCUGAUCGUAUUUUUUAAUCGCCCUGCGUCCCCAGGUCAACCGAUCACUGAUUUCUGGAAAGUUGUGAAACUCGGAUCACCUUCAAAGAAUCAUUCAGCUGUAACAUCCUUCCGGUGUCUGGGAAGGAAGCACGAGGGCUGGGGUACUGCCAGGCUGCCCAAGCCUAGACAGGGGAAGUCGAGAGGCAGAGGUCGGGUUCGAACCACGGACCUUCCAGUCAGUAAAUUCGUGCUCUAA